AUGAAUACUACAGAAAUCAAUUCAUUCACCGUGACCCCAUUAGGUUUUAUACCAGAUUUCAAAAAUGCCACCUUUGUACCUGUCAAUGAGACUGCGUGUGAAAACUGGGGUGAGGUUCAUCAUCUGGUUUUUCAUGUGGCAAAUAUCUGUUUUGCAGUUGGAUUGGUUAUUCCAACCACUUUGAAUUUCCAUAUGAUCUUCCUGCGAGGCUUGCUUGCUACAGGAUGUGUACUUUUCAUCAUCUGGGCUAUGCUGUACCGUUGUGCCUUGGAUAUAAUGAUCUGGAAUUCGGUGUUCUUGGUUCUCAACUUCUUGCAUUUUAUAUAUCUACUGUACAAGAGAAGACCGAUCAAGAUAGAGAAGGAGUUCAGUAGUCUGUACAAGAGAAUGUUUGAACCACUCCAUGUACCUCCAGAACUGUUCAAGAGAUUAACUGGACAAUUCUGCAACAUUCAGACUUUAAAAACAGGUCAAGCAUAUGCUGCAGAGGACAAAACAUCAGUUGAUGAUCGACUAAGUAUCCUGCUAAAGGGAAAAAUGAAGGUCUCCUAUCGAGGGCAUUUUCUGCAUAAUAUUUACCCCUGUGCCUUUAUAGAUUCUCCUGAAUUUCGAUCAACUCAGAUGAACAGGUGUGAGAAAUUCCAGGUCACCAUUACUGCAGAUGACAACUGUAAGUUUCUGUGCUGGUCCAGGGAACGACUGACUUACUUUCUGGAAUCUGAACCAUUCCUUUAUGAAAUAUUUAGGUAUCUUAUCGGUAAAGAUAUUACAAACAAACUCUACUCAUUGAAUGAUCCAACACUAAGUGAUAAGACUUCCAAAAAAAUGGAGCAGCAGCCGAGCCUUUGCUCACAGCUCUCUGUGAUGCAGAUGAGAAACAGCAUGGCUAGUUCCAGUGACAGUGAAGAUGGCUUGCAGCAGUUUCUUCGUGGGUCUUCCACCGCUUCCUCUCUUCGCCACACAUCUCCCUAUAUGAGAACUUCGGCAAAAAUGAAACCAAUAGAAGAAAGUGGUGAAGAUGAUGUCUUUGAACUACCCUCUGUUGUUCAGCCUGAAGUUCAGUGA